AUAGAGGAAUGCAAAUAUUAGAGAGUAAAGCAGAUAAGUUGAACAAACUAAAAAUUAGUGAGAUCAAUACUAUAAAAUACAAAUGAUGUUAUUUAAAUAUUAUGGAAUCUAGUAGUGAUCGAAAAAUACAUAAAGACAGUGCAAGUUUUCUGAAAAACUUCUUAGAAAUAAAGAGGCCUGUGAAACAAAAAAAUACUACUUUACCAAAAUUGAUCAGCAAUAUGGAGAAAGAUAAUGACAAAACCAACAAGGAUAGAUUAUUUGUAAGACACCAAAGUUAUAGAAGAACUACAAGAAAAAAUAAAUAUAAAAAAGAUACAGCUAAAACAUUCACACAGAAACAUUCAGAUGAAGCAGAAUAUUCUGUUAAAUCUUUGUGUCAACAGUUUGAAGACUCACAUGUCGCAAUACAGAAUAGCAGCUUAUCAUCCUGUGCAACUAGAAGGGAAGUUAGCUCUAGUGAUAAAAUAAUAAUCAACACAGAAAUGCUUCUAAGCUCUCCUAGAGAUGCUAAUAAAAAUGUUGAAGUCAUAAAGAGAACUCGUGAUAACAAUAAAAACCAAAAAAUUCACACGAAAACGAAGAGCUUUGUCGAAGCCGAAAAUGAAGAAGAAACAGAAAAAUUGAGGCAAAGUUUCAUACUCGAAAUGGAUUUGGAAAUGGCUAAGAUGAAAGAAGAUGGAUUUAUAGAUUAUACUGGAACAAUAGAUAUUUCCACUUCAUCAGAAAAUAGUAUUAAUAACGAUGGAAUUGACGCCUAUUUAGUACACAGAGUUUUAGAUUGUAAUGAUGAACAAAGAAAUAUAGUUCAAAGGCACGGCCAUACCAAUGAUUGUGAUACAAUUAUUUAUGAAAAUAAAAUCAAAUCAGAUUGUCAAAUCGAUUUUGAGUGUGAAGAAGCAAUAAAUAAAGAGGCAAGAGAAUUCGAGAAAUUCAUCAGUAAAACAGAAGAAUUCAAUGAAAGUUUCAGUGAUGAGAUAGAAAACGACAUGGUUAUUGUUGAAGCGUACAAUGACGAUGGCAAAGAAUUGAUAGAAGUGCAGGUAACGAUAGAGAGAAAAGUAGUGACCAUUGGAAAACAAAGCUUACAAGAUGUUCUUAAACAUUCGAAAAAUUCUGAUAUGAUAUUUUUUAAAGAAGAUGGCCAUACGUUCAACUUGAUGAAGAAUAAUAUAGAACCGAAUGUAGACGAUAACAUAAUACAUAAAAAUGAAGAUUUAUGCAUAUUGCCAUCGACUAGCACAAAAAAUGGUGUAUAUGAGUACAUUGAAAUUCCUAAUAAAGAUAACCAUGAGCUACCGUUUUUAAUGUUUGCUCCAUUAUCAAAUAGAUCAACAAUAUACUCGACUACAUCUCAAGAAAGCUCAGUUUUUGAUGAAGAUGAUGAAGGAAUUUCUUUGGGAAGAAACAAAGAUAAUCAAGAGGAGCUUUAUAGUAAUGUGAGAAGGGAAACCUUUUGUGACAAUAAGGGAAUUGUGAGGAUUGAAAGAGUUGGAGUACCUGAUAAUUCACUAUUUCUGAAAGGAAAUAAUUCUGCACCUGUCAGCAGAAGUAAUUCAACAACUUCCUGUAAAAAGUUAGAAUGUAUAGUUGAAGAAAUUCUAUCAACGGAGAAAAAAUAUGUUGAGGAUCUGGCCAAAGUAGUGAAGUUAUAUAAACCAUUUAUUGAACGACAUGUACCUCCACACUUGGAACAUUAUCAAGGCUAUCUUUUUGGAAAUCUUGAAAAAAUAUAUAGAAGGCAACGGAAAUUCUUGCAAGCAAUGGAAAAGAGUGAUUCAAAUGUAGAUCAAAUUAUUCAUUGUUUCUUAGAUCAUGAAUUUCUCUUCGAAAUGUAUCCUCAUUAUUUCAGAAAUAAACCACGAGCAGACAAUUUACUGAAAGAGUUUAAUCCAAUUAUAAAGGAAAUGCAAGAAACCUUUGAGGAACGAUUGGAUUUCUCAGCUUAUUUAUUGACCCCAGUUCAAAGACUAGGAAGAUAUAUUUUAUUUUUGGAGAAUAUAGAAAAGCAAUUGAAAAAAUUGAAUUUACCUGUAGAAGGUGCUCAGAGUGCCAUAGCUAUACUCAAAGAUGAAAUGUCGAAAGGAAACGACUCUGUGGCGAUUGAGUCUAUUGAAAACAGUCCUAUCAGUAAAAUGGAUUACGGAUCAUUCAAAAUGAGAGAAAAAUUCAGCAUUAACAAGCCUAGAAAAGUGGAUGCUAUGGUUUUUUUGUUUUCCCAUGUGGUAGUUUUUACAACUUGUGAUACGACUAAAUUAGAAACAUUUUAUUAUUACGAUAGUAUAAAAAUGAAUGACCUACGGAUAGCCACUUUUGAUGAUCUCACUAUCCACUUAACAGAUUUCACCAAAAGUAAGAAGAAACAAAAUUCAUCGAAAUAUACAUAUGUAUUAGAGACAAAAACAGAAAAAGUUUGGAAAACGUGGACGGAGGCAAUCGAAAAAAUGUUAUGGGAUCAAUUGGUUAAAGUAAAAGAGAACUCAAUAUCCCAAUAUACUCCUAGAAAACAGAAAAAUGUUGAAAAAGCUAGAACAAGAUCUGUAGGUGGAUCAGUGUUUUAUUGUAAUUGAGGUGACUCUGGGGAUAUAUGUUGUGCCAAAUUAACAUUAGUUAGGACUUCAUCAAGAGUAAAUAUUCGAAGAGAUGUAUCUAUUAUUUAUUUUAUUUUGUGAUAAUUAUAUAAUUUAUAUUUAUUUGGAAUACGUUAAUAUGUUAUGAUUAUUUUGCUUUCAUGAAAAUUGAAUUAUGUAUUUUAUCUAAUCUACUUUAUUCUAUGGCCUUUAUUGAUACAAUUGGAACAAUUAUUAUUUGUAUGAUUUCAAAUCGUCUUGAUUUUAGGUCUCUUCUGUUAUAAACUUAAUAAUUUUUGAAAAAUAGAUGAAAAUUCUGACGUUUCGACUACUUUCAGUCAUUAUCAAAUGUCCAUUUUGUGAAUAAAGUAGUCUUGUAUAAAUUCAUAAA